AUCAACGCGUGAAAAUCGAACGGCGACUCGGCAAGAUACACGACUUUUAUGAACACAUAAAGCGACCCAUAUUCAAAGGGGUUUGUUUACGUGGAAAUGUCCAAUGUGAACAUACCCUACAGGAUUCCUCGCCAGUGUAUCCACGACUCCCGAGCGGUGAGGACGUGUUCCAGGAGCAAUUUUCUAUUCUCAAACGGCGCGAAAACAUGAAUGUUAACGUAUUUUGCUAAAUUGUAUCUUGUAAACAUUUUCACAAAUCUAUCUAUGUUUCGAUGUAUUUUCACCCUGUAAUUAUUAUACUAAGAUAUAUUUGUUCUUAAAGUGUUUUGAGGCAAAGUUUAUUUUUCUUAAUGCGUGUCCCAAGUGCUACGAAUUACUAAGAUGUAAGAUUGUUUCCGACAUGAACUUCCACAAGCACCCAGAGAGCGGAUUAUCAUAUUUUAUAAGGUUACAGUGAUGCAUCGCAAUGUACGGUAACUGGAGCGAGGAGGGGGCGGUGGAAGAUCGAACUCCAGGGCAUCUGGCAGUGCUCAUAGCGCUCUAUGUGCUAGUUUCUGUUGUUGGUAUUAUAGGCAAUGUAAGCCUCAUGGCAGCCCUAGCGUCAAACGGAGCGAGUCGCCUGCGCACGCCGCAGCUGCUCAGCGCAUGCGCGGCAGACCUCCUCGUGUGCGCUGCCAGUGCGCCGCUGGCUGCCACGCGGGCUGCUCACAUACAGCACCUGCCGUGCCAUGUCACUUAUUAUAUUGAGUCAUUCCCGGUCGCAGCCAGCACGUUGUCCCUGGUUGCCAUGGCAGCGGACCGCUGCGGCGUCGUGCGGCGCGGUCGUGGCACGCUCUGCUCUCGACCAUUCCUAGCUGUAGUCUUAGUGUGGAUAUCUGCGCUCUUAUUGGGUGGAGUUACAGUGAUAGCAAUAUGUCUAUCCUGUCCGCCACUAGCUGCAGCGCAUGCGGUCAUCACAUACUGCGUCCCAGUGAUCGCCGUCACAAAAUGCCACUGGGCAGUGCGGGUCAAACUCACUGCUCUAUCGCUGACGGCGCGGGCAGCUCACGGGGAACUGCCCCUUCCUGUACCUCUAAUUCGAAGACCGACACAUGUCAUUAUAGUAGCUGGUGUCGGACCUAGAGAACGCCGCGACGCCGUAGAUGUCGGCGAUGUAAGAGCAAAGAAACUGCAGCCCAGCCUUCUUGGCCCACAACCGCAAACAUCGACGUUACGCUCACGACGGCGACUCGGAAACGUGCUGAUAGGCAUCGCCGCGAUAUUCGCCGCAUGUUGGUGUCCGCACGCAGCGAUAGUGAUAUGCAGUGCGUUCGGGCUGAACGCGCCAAUAGUUGUGUGUCAGUAUGCGCUGCUGCUCGGUCACGCGCAUUCAGCGCUGAACGCAGCGGCGUACUGGGUGCUGAACAGACACGCGCUGACCGCUGCCUGCGCUGCGUGGAGGAUGCCGCAGCUGCGGGUCAGGGAGGAGCGUCCAUCGUCCACGAACGAGGCAGCCCUGGGCGCAUUCCACCCGCGCCUCGCCCGCCCCGCGCCCUCGCCCCGCCCGCCCCCUUCUAGCUUCCUAUAUUGAUAUACAUUUAUCUUCUAAGCUCUUUCGAUCUGUGAUUCCUGUCUCUCAGUGCCUCGUAUAGUCUACGCGCAGGAGCGCCGCUCGUUUCGUCGUUAUAAACAUGGUUGUUUAUGAUUUUAUGGAGAAUAAUAUCCGUGAAGCAAUAAAGUGUAUGAAACACU